CCUACAUUGUAACAUCGAAGGUUUCACAUAUUUCCUUCGGGCAACAAUCGUCAGUGUUGUCAUAUUCGUGCUUUAUACAUAUUUUUUUUCUACCUUCCCUCUAACUGGGGUAACUUAUUCCAUAUCGAAAUAUCUUCCAAAAUCAUAUACAAAGUUCGAUGAAACAAUUCCAUAUAAGUGCAAAUUAAAUAUUUGUAAACACUUGAAAUAUUAACGAUCUAGAGUUCUGAGGUAUUCGAGUAUCGGAAUCUGAAUUAUUUCAAGAUUGUAGGUGCCUCAUGUUUAUAACUGCCACAUUGCUCGGAACUAAGGUACAGGGCUUCCUGAAUACUACCUCCAACCACCUGAUACAAAGCUACUCUUAACUGUUGGUUCUUAAUAUUCAUUUGUAAAGAUCACUCAACGAUUUACUAUUACUUCUACAUACCAGGUCAACUGGAACUAGCGACCACAGAAUGGAUAAUACCGAUCCAUUUUAUUAGCCAGGUAGGUUGAGUAAGUAGUCCUCAUGUUCCGUAAACACAACAUAUAUUUGUUGCUGAGUACACUAAAAUUCUAAACAAUAUAUUCAAUCUGGUUUGGCUUAACUUUCGAGUGUUUAGAACCCUGAUACUCAAUUGAAAGUAUAUUUUUACGAGGCUAGCAAUAAGGAUUUGUGUAAUCGAAUAAUUAAUAAGGGCUUUAGGGUAAUAACUUUUAGUACGAUUUUCCUUUUUGAAAAAUAUAAUGAAGACAGAAAUGUAUGUAAAUGGAUGGAACUACUGUUCAUGAGAAUCUUUAUGCUGACAAGUGAUACAUACUGGUUGCUUUUAACUUAGAAGUUAGUAUCUCAAAGCACGUAAAAAAUGUUAACUCAGUGCAACCGCACAACCUAAAAGACGUGUCGAAUUUCGGAGGGUUAGAUCCGUUCUUCAAAAGUCUAACAGUCUCAAAAUAUUGUGGAACUUAAAUACUUUAAUAUUCACCUUUUAGAGUUGUCUUUUCAAAAUGGAAGUGUUACGUCCCCGAAUUCGCUUAUUAUCAUACACAAGCUCGGUCGGAAUAUUAUUACAGUAGUUAUCAUCAAGGGUCUUAGAAACUAUACGAAGUGAAAUGGGUAUCAUUUUUCAUUUAGCUUCAGUGCAUGUGUGUUUACACCAAAUUAUUUAGAUUACUUGCUUGCUAGGAGUUGUGUGUUCUAUGAUUCACUCUAUGAUUUCUGUAUGUUAUCUGAUAUUCACUCCAUUCAGAAAGUGUAACUAUAUUUGAUUCUCCUUUUUUGCCUCAGAACCAUAAACAAAUUCACUAUCCUGGCCAACCUUUGUUUUAAUUUAGAUAGUUAUGUUACGUGCUGACAGUCACUUAACAAAAUUUAGAAUAACGACCAAUUUUUCAGACUUGAAGUGCAUCAGAUCAAGUUGUCACAUUCUUCAAAAGUAGGUAGAUAAAAAGUCAAUAAUAGUGAGUGAGCGAUAAGAACAUAGGUCAAAAAUAGAGAGUAAGUUAAAGUAACAUAAUAUUCAAGACUUAAAAGAUGCAUUCUGAGCUAUUUCACGUAGGAUCUACUAUUGCUGUUUGUUGUAGCCUAACUUAUCACUAGUAUUUUGAUAUAUUUGCUACAAUCUUAGUGUGUAAAUUCACGAGAACUGUUUUUAGACUAAAGUUGAUUGAUGUUAUCUGUCGAAUUUUGUAUUAACAGUCAAAAGAAUUUCUGGUCAAUGGAUUAUUGUUCAUUGGGACGGUAACAUCAGCUGUAAAACAGCUGUUUCCAUUUUAGCUGUUAUUUUGUGUUCUACACAACUAUCAAUUAACAGUCAUAAAUAAACAUUUUCAAGGUAUUUUUACCUUGUGAUGGCUGAUGAAGGGUUGAAGGAUUCUAAAGCUAAUGAUGGCCAGAUAGAUGACGAUCGUUUAAAUGAAGAAGAUUACCAGGAACCGGAUUGUCGUAGUGAAAACAUAUCUGAAGAUAUCACAGAUACAGAGAUCGAGUGUUUGAAAAAGGAACUGCAAUCUGAGAUUUCAGAGUUGGAGUGGGAAUUCAAACAAGCAAAAGAGUCACUAUACAAUGAACGUAUAAUGCAAGUAGAGAAUAAAUUAAAUCAAGCGAAAAUGGGUACUGCACCUGAAUUUCUUCAUGUUUUAUCCUUGGUUGAAGAAACGUAUAAAAUUCGAUUACAGGUGGCAAAACAUAGAAUGCAAUUCGCUUUGGAAAUAACUAACAAAGAGUUGGAUAACGAGUUACAAAUCAUUCAGUGUGACGUUAAUGAGCGAUUAUUAGCAGCAGAAGAACAAAUUCGAUUAAGUCUUCAAGAGAGUUUAUGUAAACUUCAAUAUGAACGAGCUGCUCACCAAAGAAAAGCUUCUAAAGAUUCAGAAAAAGAAUAUACCAAGUCUUUUGAUCAAUAUGAUAAUUAUCUUCCUAGUCCAAAUCUUGAACCUCGAAAGAAACCAGUUACACUAUCCCCAUCUACUCCAAGACUUAUAUAUCAAAUACCUGACAAAGACAUUCGUUCAGAUGUUGAAUUAAUUUUAGCAGCUGUAAAGAAACAUAAAUUAGCCUUUGCUAUGUCACAGCUCAAAAACGAAAAGAUAAAGUAAAUACCAACGCUUAUGUAAAGAUGUAAAUACUUUUUAUCUCUCAGUAUAUUUUUCUUUCUGUAAGUUAUGUAGUUUAUGAUGUGUGUGUAUAAUAAAAAAGGACUCAAAAUAAAAUGAACAAGUUUAUACAUCAAUUUUUUUCCUUUUAUAAACAUUAUCUGGUUAACAUUUACGGGUGACUACUGCUCACCAGUCAAUUGUUUAUGGAAACAGCACAAAAUGAACAUUAUUUGAUUUGAAUACUUUUGUUGUGAAUCUGUUUCAUUUUUUGUGUUGCUCGUCAGUCGUUUGACACAUAGCUGCUGUUACUAUUGCAAAUUAUACCCACAACCGAGUAACUACUAUUGAUCAUCGUUCAUUAUUUGCCUAAAAAGACUGUUUAUAGUUGCGCAGGUCAAUCCCAUAUAACUUUUAAAGUGGUCGUAGCUGACAAAGCAACUAAUAGAAAGUUUACCAAAGCUACUUAGUAAGAACUUAAACAAAAUAAAAAUAACAGUACUUACAAAAUACGAUGAAUUCAUUGUACCUCGUCUGUUGUUCAGCUUAUAAGUUUAGGUAUUUUUAACUAUUAACAUUAUCAGAUGGGUUUUUGUGGAGAUUGUAGUAAUUUCAGUGGUUAAGAUCAUGAGUC